CACCAACGCUUCCUCACUUUGGACAAUUAAUAAAAUCUCACCCAACUCCAAACAUCUCCUGUGCAAUAUUAUAGAAGAACUAGCAACCUCUCCAUCUGAAAAUAAACUUGCGCUCCAUUCAGUAAACAUCACACCCGUCUUACAACCUCCUUUACCACUUCAAGAUAUUGGCCCUAGCAACUUAUAUCAUAUUCAACUAGUUAAACAAGAUAUAGUAAUCAACGACACCAAAAUCACAAUGACAAACCCAGGUCUACCGAUAG